GAGAAAGACGGCGCCUGUAAGCAGACAAGCGUUGCUGUAACGGAUAGAGCCGUUUUGCGAGCAGCUGUUGUCUUCUGAUCAUCUUCUAGUUUGUGAAUGAAAUUAAUUGUGGUGCUCAUUCCGUUACGUUGUGAACAACAUUAGGGCAAAUAUUACCUCUGCUGCGGUCAUUAUUCGAGCGGAAAAAUGUGCGUUUUGUGUCCACGUGCUUCUGCAUAACAUGCGUUAUUAUGAGUGAAAGCGUUCAUGGAAACAACCGAAGAGCAAAAUAUUAUGGAACGGGAUACUUACAUGUUAAUAACUGACAAACUGGUGGAGUAUUUCCGAGCGCAGAUCAGAGAAGACCCGGAUGUGGCUUCAGCGGUGGCUGCUAUCCGAUCGCUGCUUGAAUUCCUCAAGAGGGAUCAAAGUGAGACGAUCCUGGGCCUGCGGGAGAACAUGACGAAAGCCAUACACAGGCUGGAAGAGACGGAUUCAUCGGUGGCCGUUUCAUCUGGAGGAGAGCUCUUCCUGCGCUUCAUCAGCCUCACGUCACUGGAACAUCCGGACCUCUCACAGUGUAGGAAUGUGAUGAUAGAGCGAGGAGAACUCUUCCUGAAGAAAAUAUCCCUGUCUAGAGGCAAAGUGGGUAAACUGUGCCACACCUUUAUCAAAGAUGGAGCCAAAAUCCUGACACACUCAUCGUCCCGAGUGGUUUUAAAGGUUCUGGAAAACGCAGCGGCUGAUAAUAAACGCUUCACAGUAUACGUCACUGAAUCCCAGCCGGAUUCAGCGGGUAAACUUAUGGCUAAAAAACUAUGCAACCUCAAUAUUCCCGUCACAGUGGUGCUUGACGCUGCAGUCGGGUACAUCAUGGAGAAGGUUGACCUGGUUAUCGUCGGUGCUGAGGGCGUUGUGGAAAGUGGAGGUGUCAUAAACAAGAUUGGCACCUAUCAGAUGGCUGUGUGCUCCAAGGCACACAACAAACCAUUUUAUGUGGUGGCAGAAAGUUUUAAGUUUGUGCGACUCUACCCUCUUAACCAGCAAGACGUACCCGACAGAUUCAAGUAUAAAGCAGAUAUCUUGAAAACGGUGAAAGAUCUGAACCAAGAGCACCCCAUGAUCGACUACACCCCUCCAUCCCUCAUCACGUUACUCUUCACUGACCUCGGUGUGUUGACGCCCUCGGCUGUCAGCGAUGAGCUCAUCAAACUUUACUUAUGAUGACGACUGCUCUUCAUAAAGCAUUUGUAUCAUUGACACCAACGUGUAUAUGACCACAAAUGCGCCAUUAACUCAGAGACCUUGUAUUUGGAAUACAUGUCAUAAUCCUGAAUUUAAGAUUAAAUUAUCUGUAAGAAAAAAAAAA